AUGACAGAAACCAACCGAAUUGUGUUCUUGGAUGUUUCCAACGGAAGUGAUUUGAGUGGACGCAUCAAGAUCGAGUUGUUUGAAGGCUUGCCACGUACCACCGAGAACUUUAGACAGUUUUGCACGGGAGAAUAUAGGGAAAAUAGAAGACCGGUGGGUUAUAAGAAUGCACCAUUCCACAGGAUAAUAAAGGGCUUCAUGAUCCAGGGAGGAGACUUUGUCCGUGGCAACGGCUCAGGUUCCACCUCUAUCCACGGAAGACAAUAUUUCGAUGACGAGGGCUUCACGUACGACCACAAAAAAUACACCGUUUCCAUGGCCAACUCGGGCCCCAACACCAAUGGUUGCCAGUUCUUCGUGUGCUGUCGAGACGUGCCAGAAUUGGAUGGGCGCCAUGUGGUUUUUGGCCGUGUUGUCGAAGGAUUCGACAUUGUGGACCGUAUUGAAGCCGCUGCAGUAGACAAAGAAGAUCGACCCCGCCAGGAAAUCAAGAUCGUGGACUGUGGCGAAAUGUAA